AUGGUCAUCGCAAUUGGGUUCGAAGGAAGUGCCAAUAAAAUUGGCGUCGGAAUCGUCCGCGAUGGGGACGUGUUGGCUAACGAGCGUGAAACGUACAUAACACCACCCGGUCAAGGAUUUUUGCCAAAAGAAACGGCUCAACACCAUCGUUCACGGGUGCUGGACAUUCUGAAGCGUGCGCUAGGUAUAUCCGGCAUAUCACCGGCAGAGAUCGAUGUCGUUUGCUACACCAAAGGGCCCGGUAUGGCACCGCCCCUCUUAGCAGUGGCCAUCGUUGCCAGGACUAUAGCGCAAAUAUGGAACAAACCCAUAUUGGGCGUGAAUCACUGCAUUGGCCACAUCGAAAUGGGACGGCUCAUAACGCAGGCUGUAAAUCCUACCGUACUAUACGUGAGCGGUGGCAACACGCAGAUCAUUUCGUACGCCUGCAAGCGGUACCGCAUUUUCGGUGAAACGAUCGAUAUCGCGAUCGGCAACUGUCUCGAUCGGUUUGCGCGCAUCAUUCACCUAUCGAAUGAUCCCAGCCCGGGCUAUAACAUCGAGCAGAUGGCAAAAGGUGGCAAAAACUACGUCCCACUGCCCUACUCGGUAAAAGGCAUGGACAUGAGCUUCUCGGGCAUACUGUCCUUCCUCGAGCAGAAGGCACGCCCGAAAAACAAACAAAGAAAGGCCCAGGACAAAAUCGACGGCCAGGAAAAAUGGUCCGAUGAAGAUCUGUGCUUUUCGCUGCAGGAAACCCUGUUUGCGAUGCUGGUCGAAACUACGGAACGUGCCAUGGCACAUACGGGCUCGUCGGAGGUGCUCAUCGUUGGCGGUGUUGGGUGUAACUUGCGGCUGCAGGAAAUGAUGGGGAUUAUGUGUGAGGAGCGUGGUGCCAAGCUGUUUGCGACCGAUGAACGGUUCUGCAUUGACAAUGGUGUGAUGAUAGCGCACGCUGGGUGGGAAAUGUUCCGCAGUGGCACCCGAAUGGGAUGGAACGAUUCGACCAUCACGCAACGGUUCCGUACGGAUGAGGUGGAAGUAACGUGGCGCGAUGAUUGA